AUGUCUAGGAGACAAGGCCAUAUCUACUUCUCUAAUCUUCCUAAUGACUUCGAGCAUAUGCAUCAGUCAAGCCACGUUUCAGGAAGGGCUACACAAGCGGAACAGUUCAACGAUCCGUCCUUCGAUCAAAUUCUUAGCCUCGAUCAGACGGCUCCAGUUCCCGCGCCAGGCACCUUCUACGAAAACGAUACACCCUACCAUACGAACUGGCUUGCGCAAUUGAACGCUCUCAAUGCCUACAGUGAUCCGUCCAGCAGAACAACUUCCCAACCUGUGGUGAAGCACCACUCGACCAAAAGUAAAGCUGGACAUCCUCAAGGCUCCCAGCCCAAGCCUCGUCGCCUGCAGAGAAAGCAGGUCAGAUAUACCGGAAGUCCACCGAGUCCCUCGAUCUGCAAAUGGGCUCAAUGCACGAGGCCAGGCCCAUUCAGCUGUGUGGCAUCCUUAAAGCGCCACGUGGACACGCAGCACGUGGCUCCUCGUUCCAUUCCAUGCCUCGACGAGAACUGCGAGAAAGUCUUCAACAGAAAGGACAACAUGAUCAACCAUCUCCGUAGUGUGUGUAGCGUCGUCUUGUGA